UGUGCGACGUGUGUAAAUGAUCAUGUUUGUUCUUGGGCAUUAUUGUUGUUCCAGGGAAACCGGCGAUUAAUAUCGCCGGUGAAUGUGGUUUUAAUAUUCAUGUCCUUUGUGUUUCUGGAUUUUCGUGAAUAUUUCAUACCUAAUUAAUUUGCUAUAAAAUACUUCAUAGACUUAUAAUUGUAGUUGUCAAUUCUUAUUAGGUUCUUAUAUCGUUUUCGUAUACAAUAUUUCUAGUAAAAAUUUAGCACUGUAAAGUGCAGUUAUCCGGUUGGAAGGACCACUUAUUAUUUGUAUGAGAUAGGUGUUGCUGUUAAGGGACAAUGAUUUGUUUUGUUACCAACUGAGUUUUGAAUAUAUUAUUUUUUAUGGACUGUAGUUAUGAUAACAAGGAUUAAUUAUUAUACACACCUCAUAUCUUUGUUGGUUGACAUUGAAGGCAUCAAAUACCUACGCCAUGUGAUUACAUAGGUAACUUGUUACUUGGAUUCGGUAAUCGCUACGAGUCACUCUGUCUAAGAGCGCACUUGAAUGUGUGUGUAUGAAUGACUGUGUGUGUUUGUGUGAGCUAUUAACGCCACAGGAAGCCGUGUCGAUUUUAGGGAAGGUUAAGCUACGAAUGGACAGGUCAUUGUUCCUUUACGUCGAUUCACUCUUUUUGUGCUGAAGAUAAAUGACCAUUUCGUUGUUUCUGGUCGGACCGCUUUUUGUUAACAGGUCGGAUGCGUUUUAUACGCUCGUUAAAUAUUUGCGUCGGUCCUUACUUUUACUAAUAGUUUACUGAAUGCCGAGUUUCGUAUCAGAUUUAAUCCGAUUAAUUUCUCCUAGAGACCCAUCUAAUGACCCAAACACGAUACCUACAUGUUGCAUUUUUUGUCAAAUUACGUUGGGCAUGUAUAGGUUUAGAUAGUCCAUGAAACACUAAAAAUAAACAGAGUGAAGCUAAAUAAUAUAACUGCUACAAUUCGUUUUCAUUUAAAUUUUAGUUCGAUAAUGCUCAAAAACAAAGAUUCCAUUGACAUUUAAACUCAAUUCAAAUCAGAUUCGAGUCCUAAACACAAUGGGUUAAUAUCCAAAUCCCGCCCUCCAAAAUGGAUGAAAAAGAUCGAAAAUGGACCUUACCAUAAACUAUGAAAUACAAGUUUUACUAGUGACAUGAAAUAGUGCCGUAAAGAUGGAUGACAGCUCGCCAGAUCUGUCGCUCAAGCUUCGGCGAGGCUCGAGCGACUCGCGGGAGUCGUUCUAUAUGGAUUUCGCUCAGGGCAUCGACUCGGACAUCGAGGAGGUGACGACGAUCGAGCGAGUGAUACCCGAGCACCCAGGAGGCAGAUCCGAGGGCGACGCUGACACCCUCGCCACGCCGUCUGGACUUGAGGAGACCAAAGAGUUUCCGCCAUGUUGCUACUCGAUCCCUGCAAACAAUAUGUCGGGGGGCUCUCACGUGUCGCGCACGACGUUCGAGUCCAGCCGUGAGUCCGAGCCGAGUCGCGGCUCGGCGCCACCACUGCCGAGCCCGGCGUCGGCGGGCGCUGCGUUGGUGUCGCCGGAGACGCUGAGCCGGCACAGCAGUCCGCCGCCUUUGCCUCCUCACUCGCAGCCCGCGCCUUCUUGCUCAUCUCACCGAGUGCAUAUGGAGUCGCCGCUGAAGUGUUCAAGUCCCCCAUCACUGUCCCUCGGCGGCUCGCUGUCUCUGCAGCCGGUGCUAUACCCCACGGGCUCGGCGCAUGCCCCGCUGCCCCCCGCGCGCCACACCCGCCCCUCGCCCACCAUACCGCAUGUGCAUCUCAUCAGCGCAGGCGAUGCACUAGCCACCACCCUCUCGGCGCUGUAUGGCAAACUGCUGGUCGUCAUGGGCGUCGCCUUCCCAAUGGCCGAAGUAAUCUCUACUUACAUUCCACCCUCCUUUUAUGAGGGCUUCUACUUGUACCUGUACAUCGGCAGCAUGGUGUUCCUGCUCUACAUGUACGCUGCGCUGCUUAGGGAUCGCUCGAGGUCCGGCGCUGAUUCCCCGGUCGUUGCUAAAUCGGACUCAAGUUCGUCUCCCUCCGAGUCGGACUCGUGUUCUUCGCGGACGGACCGCAGCACUGUCACCGCGCCACACCCGCAGUACCAGAUGCCGUCGAACGCUGCGAAGCGGCUGUCCCUCGGGUUCGCUCUCAGCACGAGAACUCACCACUAUGGAAGCUUCUACCUCAGAAUGGGCGCUGUCGCGUUUGGCAUCGGAUCUAUGAUCUACUCGGGUCUUGAAUUCGGCCAGUACUGGGAGCUGGAACGUAACACCAAUUGCCACAACGUCCUGCUGGCGCUCACGCCGGCCACUAGGAUGGCCUUCAUCUUCAUCCAGAUGUACUUCAUCUUUCUUAACAAUGAGAUGAAAGUGUACAAGCACAAGAUAGUGGCGAGAUUCGGACUGAUGCACAUGGUUGGGACUAACCUUAGUGUGUGGCUGAACGUGCUCGUGCAGGAGACCAAGCACGAGAUCCUGACCUUCUAUGACCCGGAGAAUAAGACCAUAGGCUUAUCUCACAGACUGGCGUUCCAAAAGGCGUUUGUUGCAUCAUUGUCAACCGAAGUACCUCCAUCGCACCCAGCGGCAGCUCAUCUCCGAAUACCUCGGGGGUUAAAGGGACCUCAUCACAUCUUCGAGUGUCGGCGGACUAAUAUCAUGGGGUCUUUAGUGCAAGACGCUUCGCCUUUCCUCUUUCCGUGCACCAUAGAGUAUUCCCUUAUAUGCGCUGCUAUCUUAUACGUCAUGUGGAAAAAUAUAUCUAAGUAUCCGUCAAAAGACGUCGCAGCUGCCAUCGCAAAAGCACGAUUGUUGGAAGGCCUCGCGUAUAAGAAAUCGCCACACUUGUAUAGCGUGGACUGCGCAAGAGCACAUAAAGGCCUGUUCUUUGGAAUCUUGGUUUUGGUACUCACAAUUAUUUCACUUAUACUGUUCUUUGUUUUGAUUUCAAAGAAAGACUACGCAACGUUAGCUGUGGUCGAGGUUAACGUAUGUGAAUUAGCGUUAUAUGCCAUGACAACUUUCGCAAGUCUAGCAGGGAUGGUGUGCGUACGAAAUCUCAAAUAUGAUGGGAACAGAAACCUGGAGCUGGACAAUAUCCUGCUUGUCGGAGCGCAGACUGGCAUGUUCAUCUAUGGAACUUUUACAAUCAUCGGAGGUCAUUUUACUAUUGAGAAAAAUACCAUUUUAAUCUUGAUUACAGCCUUAUCGUCACUAGUGCAAACGACUUGCCAGACGAUGUUUAUCUUAGACGCGAGUCGUCGGUCGGCUAAAACACCGGAUCAGCUCCGGAAAAAACCCGGGAGAGAAAUAGUUACAUUCCUUCUUGUAACUAAUUUGGCUAUGUGGGCGAUAAAUACGCUUGAAAAGUCUAGGGCGGAGUCCCAUCCGGUGCAAUUGCACUUUUACGGGUUAUGGGCGUGGACGAUCAUCACCCACGUGUCUAUGCCACUGGCCAUAUUCUACCGGUUCCAUUCUACAGUUUGUUUGUGCGAAAUUUGGAAGCGAGCCUACAAGAUGAAGCCUGCUUACAUGUAAUGAUGAGCCUUGUACUAAGUGUGCCUCGCUCACGCAAUAAGCUAUCCACAGAUAUAAUAGAUAUACUAGGUAAUGCAAAUGCAUCUACUUCGCGUCUCGGAACCCCGACCAAGUGUCGAGGUUGGCUGCCGCUACUGACAGUCCGCGAAAAUAUAAAAAAAUGCCUUCAUUCCAUUGAAGGGAAAACGAUCAUUAGCAGGCGGAGUUUUUAUCGCACGGUAUGACUAAUAGCGAGCUAUGGAGUCGACAUUAGCAAUAAAAUUCAACUCAUAUUCAUACUCAUUCAUCCAUUUAAUAAGUGAUUUUAAUUUUAUAAUCAAGAACUAGAA